UCCUGACUGAAGUUCAUUUCAUUUUGACGUCCAAGUUCCACGUUUAAAAAAAAUGGGGAAAAUUGAGAAUUACAAUCAUGUUUAUAAAAAUACAACGGGCAAAAAAUAAAUAAAUAUAAACAAAUCCCUUAAAAACAUAAGUAAAGAGUUAAUAUUCCAGCUGACCAUUAAAAAUAAAAAAACAAAAAUUGCAUUUAUUGCCAACAAACUACAAUCAACUCUAGCUGCGCCCCAAUUUCGGCAUACGUGUCAAACUCCAAUCAAAGAACAUGGAUUUUUCAUUCAUUAGGCAAAACGAAGAAGAUUAUAUCUUGAAAGAGGAUCUUUUUAACACCAGAAUUCCUAAAUGUACACCCGAAAUAAUGGAAGAAAAUUGGUCAUCAAGUACGAAUGACAUUUUGGAUUCCAUUUUUCCCAUGGAUUUUCUCAAUAACUUGACCGAUCACCAAGGCGAGUUUGGGUCUCUAGGAGGCUUCAACGGACAUAUGAAAAUAGAAGCCGAAGACUAUGAUAUCACCGAGCCCACAUUACCUGAACCAUUGCUAUCACAUAGCAAUGUUAUAUCCAGCAAUUCAUCUGAUAGUGGCCUUUCUUCGGAUAAUCUAGAAGCGGACAUGAGUCCACCAUAUGAACCUCUGAGUCCACCUUCUCCAGGACCCUCAAUAAGUGAAAGAGGAGGCAAAAGGUCACCUGCCGAAUUAUCACCUAUGGAAGUUAUUCAUCCGGCAAAAAAAAUUGUUUGCAAUAAUGAACAUAAACCUAAAGUGAUUGUUCAAAAAGUUCCACAAGUUAUGACUUUAUCAAAUACAGUUCAAACUCAUACAAGCACAGUACCGCUACAAAAGCAACAAUAUCAAAAGUUAAAUAAUCAACAACAGCAAACAGUGGUAAAUGGAAUUCGUGGAAAUGAAAUAAAAAUUGUCAAACUAUCUCCUCAAAUGUUUACUGCUUCAAAUAACAAGAACGUUACAAUUCAAGUAAAGAAUUCGAACAGUGGAGCAAAAAUUCAGGCUAAACCAGGCACUUUAUUUUUAAACAAAAAUAAAUUAACAGAAAUGAAAAAAAUCGUUCGUGUGCAGAACAAUAAUCCAAGGUCUAUUCUAAUACCAGUUUCUCUACAAGAUGUAAAAGAAUUGAAAACUUUUAAAAUCGUUAAUACGACAGCGGUCCGUUCCACUCCUGUUAAAAUUCAAGAAACCCAAGAAACAAAUAUCCAGCAGUUUCCAAUAAAAUACAUUUCAAAACCCAAUGUCUUAAAGGAUGUUGGAAUCAAAGAUGAAAUGCAGGAGGAUUCUUUUAUUGAAAAUUCAUCGGAUUCUGAAAGCAUUAUCAUUGAAGACGGGUAUGAUGACGAGGAGUAUGUACAUGAUCCAGAAGUUCCGUAUCCAAAACUUGCUCUCACUUCAGAAGAAAGACGACUUUUAAGCAAAGAAGGCAUAACUCUACCAACCCACUAUCCACUAACAAAACAUGAAGAACGUGAACUCAAACGAAUUCGCCGCAAAAUUCGCAAUAAAAUAUCGGCACAAGAUUCGAGAAAACGUAAAAAAGAAUAUGUAGAUGGGCUUGAGGAACGUGUUAAACAAUGCACAGAAGAAAACCAAUCUCUCAUGAAAAGAAUAAAACAGCUACAGAAUCAAAAUCAAACACUAAUGUCGCAAAUGAAGAAACUGCAAUCACUUCUCACAAAAGGAACAAACAAAACAACACAGCCUACAACCUGCUUAAUGGUCUUGUUGCUAAGUUUAGCUCUAGUUGCGGCUCCUAAUUUAAAAUUAGGUCAAAAUCCAAAAGAAGCCGAUUUGGAAGAAGUGGUGCAAGAGACAAUAUUACAAAAUCGUAGAAAUCUUUUGUUCAACACUAAAGAUCAAAGUACUGAUGUUUUCGAUGAAGAAGUUAACAUGAGUGACAUUGUCUCGGCUCUUGAAUUCAACGAACGAGAAAAUAAUGCAGUCUGCAAAACAAACAACAAUGCUUAUACAUCAAGCUCGUUAGAAGAGCCAAAGUGUAAGAAAAUGAAAUUGAUUCAGUCAAAUUUCUUAGAUGAUGUAGAUGAUGAUAAUUGGUACCUAUCCAAAAAGAACAAGGACACAACGAAUGUCGUAAGUGCAUUAGAGAAUUUUCAAGAAACCAAACAAAAUCUACAAACUAGUGGAUUUAAUAUAGAAAAAAAGAUUGAAGUCGAAUCAAUUAAUGAUGACAGUCAACAUAGUUGGCUUGACAAAGAUAUACUUGAUAUGGUUUCGCCAACUAUCAAUGGUUUGUAUGAAUUGAACAUGGAUAAAAUAACACCAGGAAAUUACGUAAAUUCACCUCAAACAACGGUUCUUGAUGUAACGACUAAUCAAAUGUAUGGAAAUCAAAUAAAUAAUAAGCAAAAUUCAUCGGAAAUGAGGCAGAUUAAAAAGUAUUAACGGUAAUGCAGAUAAAACUAUUUAAAAUCAAACAAAAAAUAAAAAACACUAUUUCCUUUCCAUUAAAAUAUUAUAGAUAUAUUUUUCUUUAAA